AUGUCGAUAGCCCCGCUGAUCACCUUCAAGGCCGGCAAGUGCGAAGUCGACACCAGCUCCGACCCUUGGAAGGUCAAGGCCGUGUCGACGCCUGGCUACAUCUACCUCUACGUCGGCGAUGAGCUCUGCCACUUCUGCUGGCGCCCGCGGUCGGCGUCGGUCAACGACCCUGAGCUCGACCUGCUCAUGAUUCCCGGCGACGGCUCCUUCGUUCCCUACACCGGCAAGGAGGACAACCCCGACUCGGACAACCUCAGAUCCCCCACCGAUGGUCGCAUCUUUGUCCUCAAGUUCUCCUCCAGCUCGCAGCGCCACCUCUUCUGGCUGCAGUCCAAGAGCCAGCACCCCAGCGGCGAGGCCAACUGGUUCAGCCCGAGAGACUUGAAGAUUGGCCAGAUCGUUGACAUGCUGCUCUCUGGAGAGGAGAUUGAUGUUCAGGACGAGAUGCGCCAGGUCCAGAACCCUCCUCGCGGUGGAGAUGACGACGAGACAAUGGAAGAUGCCCCCGGCAACGACCAUCAUAGGCAGGGCAGCGGCGGCGCUGGUGCCGGCGCCACUGGUGGCGACGUCAGGGAAGAAGGCGAGGAGGCCCGUGAGGGAGGUGCUGACGGAGCUCGAGCGCAGAACGAUGCAUCAGCAAUCGUUCAGAACUUCCUCAACUCUCUCAAUGCCGGCGGCAGCGCAUCCCAGGCGCAGGCCCAGGGCAGCCUGUUCACGACGCUCGCCGAUCUUCUUUCUUCCUCCAACACCAUUCCCGUCAUCGAGGCGGGCGACACUGCCUUCAUCGACGCGCUCCUCUCGCACCUUCCUCCAGCCAUUCUCCUCCUCUCCCAAGAAGCGGCCGACCUCUCCGAUGCCGACCCCAACUCCGAGACCGUCCAGGCUGCCAUCCAGGCACUCAGCAUAUCACAGAAGAAGGAUAUCCUCAAGCGGGUUCUUCGCUCCCCGCAGCUACACCAGAGCUUGUCUAGCUUGACGGUGGCUCUGAGGGAUGGCGGUCUCCCGAGUGUGAGCGAGGCCUUGAAAAUCAAGGUUGAGAAUGGAGGAUUCAUGCGCCACAGUGGCGUUCCCCUGGGCGGUGGUGAUGCAGUUGAGGCAUUUCUGAAGGGCGUAAAAAAGACGGUGGAAGAUGAAGAGAAGCAGGGUGGAUCAGGAAGGAUGGAUGUUGACUGA